UGGAAGCGGCGGCGGCGGCCGACCGGGCGAGAGGCCGAGGGGACCUGGCAGCAAGACACUGGGCCUGGACACCCCAGCAAUGACCAGCUCCCCUGUGCCCAGAGUCCUGUACAACGCCAGGAGAAACAGCAGCCCCCGCUCCCCCCCGAUGAGCAGCGAGAUCUUCACCCCCGCCCACGAGGAAAAUGUUCGCUUCAUCUACGAGGGCUUCAAGCCCGUCGACCUGAGCGACUUGAAGCGCCGCAGCCCGCAGGACGCCAAGAAGUCCUAGAGGGCUGGCUGU